AGAGAGGAGAGCAAACAGGACUGAAUGACCCUCAGGUUGGACUGGCUCUCCUCUUCACUACCUCAUUAAUGCUUGAAGCGUUCAGACGAACAACACAUCAAAUGGUGGGCCCGACCUGAGGCUACUACUCUCCUAUCCAGCUCAGUUCACUUCCAUGGAGAUCAGCUCACAGUUCACUUCUGAAAUGGACUCCGUUUAGAAGUAUAAGGACAUGAAAGGCGUGGCGCUGGGGGAGAGGAGAGAAGGGAUUUAUUAAAACAGCAGGACAGAUGACGGUUUGGCGGUUGGACUCGAGCCAAAGAGGAACUCGGAACGCACCCAUUCGCAGCCUGACAGGAUUUAGAAACAUCAGGUGGGGACUGGACAGCUAUUCAAAAAUCAUAACAAGAACAUUAAACAAGAUUGGUGUGUCUUUCAUCCAAUAUUUUGGCAAAAAGAUUUUACUACACUUUUUAAAUUAAACUCAUGAUCCUUUGACCCCAACUGCCUACAUAGGAUUUGAAAAUCUGGAAUAACGGUAGGAGGAUUGAUGUUUACCACCACAAUCAAAGCAGGCAACUGUGUCGGUUAUCAUCAGGCUUAAAGUGAAUGGUGUUGGAGCGUUUACCUUCAUGGAGCCAGACCCUAAUCUAGUCACGGCUCAGAUUAUAGAUUAUUGUGCUUGACUGAGUUCCUAAAGUAACAGGACUAUAUAUUCAUUAAAUGAACUCUCCCUCCAGACAGAGAGGCUGCUGAAGUCGUGAGUCGUGAGUAGGUGUGUGUGUGUGUGUGUGUGUGUGUGUGUGUGUGUGUGUGUGUGUGUGUGUGUGUGUGUGUGUGUGUGUGUGUGUGUGUGUGUGUGUGUGUGUGUGUGUGUGUGUGUUAUAAAUGGAGAGGCAGGGCCGUCUUGGGGACUCGGCACUGUAUGACUUUGUCAGUGAUAUAAACCUCAUGGAGAUUCACCCAAAGUCCACUUCGGGUUCAAAACAGCUCAUGGACAGCUUUCUCCCAGUCACUGGCUACCGGGGCCGGUACUACAACCUCUCCUAUGUUAACGGGAGCCACCGGGAAACAGGUACAAGCGAGGGGGAACAAACCGGACACGGACAUCCCCUGCAUGAGAUGGCCACAGGGAGCACAUCUGCCUACACCUAUUACAGCCCAGGCUCUUUCUCACACACAUCUCACACACACACCUCAGACACACACACCGGGCGGUCGAAGCGGAGGCGUGUGAUCAAUGUGGGCCAGCGUCAGGCGGCGAACGUCCGGGAGAGGAAGAGGAUGUUCAGUCUCAACGAGGCAUUUGAUGAGCUGCGGAGAAAAGUUCCGACCUUUGCUUACGAGAAAAGGCUGUCACGCAUCGAGACGCUCCGCCUCGCCAUCGUUUACAUCUCCUUCAUGACGGACCUGUUAGAGAACACCUGACCUGAUCAGGAUCACAUAGAUCCAUCAGGGUUAUCAGAGCCAGGUUGAUUAAUCAGACUGGUUAGUUUGAUUGAUGCUUCACCUCGGCAUCGUUUACAACUCCUUCAUGACAGACCUUUCAGAGAACACCUGACCUGAUCUAUCAGGGUGAUCAGAACCAGAUUGAUUGAUUAAUUGGUUAAUUGAUCAGAUAUUCCGUUUGAUUACAUUGAUUAUAUCAUAUCUAUUUAUGGAAUAUAAAGUUUUAGAAUGGGGCUAUGGUUGUCAAUUAACAUAUAUACAUUUAAUAUCAAGUAGCUAUUUAUGCUGUUUUUAUAGUGUUGUAGAAAUGUGUUAUUAACAUUAUCCCAAGUUAAAUGAUGUGUACCAGAGCAACAACAAAAAACACUUGGUUUGUUUUAAUAGGUAAAACUGGGUUGAAUUUCAUGGAUUUAAUUAUAAUGGGAAAUCAAAGAGAUUAGAAAACUUGUUAUAAAAAAAUAUGUGGGUUAGGGGAGGGAACAACAGGAUCCAACCCAACGGGGUUAGUCUGUGCAUAAUAAGGGGAUUCAGAUAGGGACAGAUUUACUUCUCACGUUUAUGUAUCUAUCGAGGUGCUAAUUGUAUGAGAGGGUUUCAGGGUAGAGAUAAAAAUGUUGGGUAGGAGGGUGAUUAGAGAGAUUUACCCAGAGGAGGCUGGUGGGAGGAGCUAUAGGAGGACGGGCUCAUUAGAAUGUCUGGCAUGGAAUCAAUGGAACGGUAUCAAACACAUCAAACAUAUGGAAAACACAUGUUUGACUCCGUUCCAUAUAUACCACUCCAGCCAUUACAAUAAGCACAUUCUCCUAUAAUCCUCCCACCAGCCUCCUCUGGAUUUACCACUUAGGGAAAAGUUACCUCGUCAGAACCCACUGUGUGUGUUUGUGUUUGUGUUUGUGUUUGUGUUUGUGUUUGUGUUUGUGGGUGGGUGGGUGUGUGUGUGUGUGGAAUGCCUGGGUCAGCAACUUUUAUAGGAGAGAGUCCGCCACCUAAUGGCCAAUACAGUCCCUUUAGAAAGUAUCCCUUGUCUUUUUCCAUAUUUUGUUGUGUUUCAGCGUGAAUUUAAAAUUGAUUACAUUUAGAUUUUUUGGUCCCUGGUCUACACACAAUACCCCAUAA